AUGGCGGCCGCCGACCCGCCCGGCGCUGGGGACCUCUCGCAGCUGGCAGAAAAUCUACUGCAUCAGCUGCAGGAGAAUUUUCAAGCUCUGACCGAAAAGAUAACGCUGAGAAUGGAAGAAAUGGGUGAGCGUAUUCAUGAUCUUGAGAAGCAUGUUGCUGACCUGAUGACAGAGGCUGGGAUAGAAAACACGGAUGGAGAGUUGAGAGUAAAGAAACUUAAUUUUUACUGUAUUUUAUGUAUUUCCACUUAGUUUUGAACUAGGGGCAGCACUAGCAUGACACUGUUGUUUACAUAUUUAUCAUCCCUGCAUUUACUUGGAUUUUAAAGUAUACUGAGAUAUUUUAACAGAUUUUAAAUUACCUUGCAUUUCUUUUUGCCAAGAGCCAAAGAACAAAACACAAGCUGUAGCUUGCUGUGUCUGUUGCAGCUGAGUGCCAUAUCCAAGGGGUAGUGCAAACUAAUCCCAAAUAUGUAAACUGAGGCUGUACGUUUGUAACAAAAUGUGCACGGCUUAAAGCACUCCUGCCCACCAUUCCUGUCCCUCAAGUAUGCUCGCCUAGCUGACUGAGGAUUCUCACUGGUAUGAAUUUAUGCACAUCUCCUUUAAAACCUGCUUCAGCUUCCCAAUGGGGCUCAGAGCACACCUCUUAAAUACAUUCACCCCAAGCACAGCAGUAGUUUGUUCUUGCAGCAGUAAGAUGGGGGAUGGAAGGAGGAAGAAUAACUUGAAUAUUAUUGUCAAACGCUCAGUAAUAUAAAAUCAUGCUACAGUUCAGGAUUGCAUGCUAGAUUUUAUAUCGCUGUCUGUUGCAAAUGCCACCCCCUCGAUGGAUGCCUUAGUGUUCUUAGUCUUUAUGAGACAGCAUUACUUCCAUGUUCUGUGGGUGCCAGUACUGUCUUCUUCCUGUUGUUGCACACUUUCCUGAUUGAGACAUGUCAAUUAUUUUUGUCAUUUAGAAACUGCUUACCCAACAAAAGACAGGAAUGUCUGUAAAUAUAUUGAAGUAAUUUAGGCAUCUGUUCGUUCUGAUGCCUUUGUUGUGAUAAGCUAUGAAAUAAUUUUCAGAAAUUUAGAAAGACAAUCCAUGAAGAUGUAUUUAACCACAGAGAUCUUCCUAUUUUUAUGCAGAAUCACAUUCAUGAAUAAUUAAACCACUAACCUACUUAUUCACUGUUUCUUUGCAGCACUGAAAUGAGGCUGUGAUCAAGAAAGAUAAAGGGAGAACACCCCACUGGGUCUAGGAGUUUACAAUCAGUGUUACUAGUCACAAAAAGCGUCAGUGAAAACAAACAUGCUUGCAUCACGUCAUGAUACAAUCUAAAUUUCUUUUUUUUAAAAACUACUGCCCCAGGAAAAAAGUAGAAUGCUGGUUUAUUCAUCUAAAUGGGACAACACUGUUUCCUGUAACUGGGAGAGAACUGUUAGUUUUUGGGGGGGGGACAAAAACACUACUUUGGAUAGAAAACCGUAUCUUAUAUAGUGAACUUAUCCAGGCAUAAACUUUUUCAAUGUAUGAAAAUCUAUUUAAGAAUAUUAAAAUUUUCAUCAUAUUUCUUUGUUGCUUUUUUAACUUAAAUGUUCUCA